CCAAUAGUUGUAGCAAUCUUGCUUUUCUCCAGUGCUUGGUUUUGUAUCUAUCGUCGUAAGCACUCAAAACCAUCUUCAGAUAUGGAAGAUAUUGCUGGACUAGAGUCAUUACAAUUUGAGUUCAAGGCGAUUAAAGCCGCAACAGAUAACUUUUCUCCAAGUAAUAAACUUGGACAAGGUGGAUUUGGUGUGGUUUAUAAGGGAAAACUUCAAGAUGAGCAAGAAAUAGCAGUGAAAAGGUUGUCAAUAUAUUCCGGACAAGGCAUAUCAGAGUUCAAGACAGAGAUUCUUCUAGCAGCAAAGCUCCAACAUAAUAAUCUGGCUAAACUCUUAGGAUUUAGCUUACAUGGAGAAGAGAAGUUACUUAUCUAUGAAUUACUGCCUAAUGCAAGUCUCGACAAAGUCUUAUUCGGCCAAAAUAAAGUGUCACUAGAUUGGGAAACCCGGUACAAGAUCUUACUUGGAACGGCCAGGGGACUAUUAUACCUCCAUGAAGAUUCAAGGCUGAAGAUUAUUCAUCGAGAUCUAAAAUCUAGCAAUAUUCUUUUAGAUGAAACCAUGAACCCAAAGAUUGCAGAUUUUGGAUUAGCAAGACUUGUUGGAAGGGAUCAAAUUCACGCUGACACGAGUAAAAUCGCUGGAACAUAUGGAUAUAUGGCUCCUGAGUAUGCAUUAACGGGGCGUUUCUCGGUCAUGUCAGACGUCUAUAGCUUCGGAAUAAUAGCACUGGAGAUAAUAAGUGGUCAUAUGUGUAGCUCAAUUGCCUUUCCCUAUCAUGAUGAAAGUCUACCUCUACGAGCAUGGAGUUUAUGGAAGAGCAACUCAACAUUGGACUUGGUAGAUCCUAGACUUUACGGAAAAUUUCCGGGCCACAAAAUGGAACGAUGCAUCCAUAUUAGCUUGCUUUGUAUACAAGAAGAUUCAAACAAGAGGCCAACAAUGGCUACGAUUGUGUCGGCACUCAAUGGCCACCAAGUAGCUCUCUCAGAACCGGAACCACCUUUGAUUGGUCCAUCAACCAACAUUACAUUUGGCUCACACCAGCAUUUGGGUGUAUCAUCUUCUGGUGAAUUUCUUUCAAAUAGUGAUAACAUAACAGAAGUUUAUCCUCGGCUUAUUCAUUCUAAUAUGUAUAUGAAGAGGCAACUUUUUCUUUCGACCUUAAUCUUGGGUGUUCUUUCCCAACUUUAUAGUGUUUAUGCGGUGGUUGUCUUUGAGUAUAAUUGGUGUUCUUCCAGUUAUGGUAAUUACACCCAAGGAAGUGUAUACCAUCAAAACCUUAAUCAUCUUUUUUCGAACCUCUCCUCUCAAACUCUAUCUCGUCGAUUUUAUAACACCACUAGUGGUGAGUUUCCUAACAAAGUGUAUGGAAUUUAUCAAUGUCGAGAAGAUUUUACCCUAGAGGUAUGCAACCAAUGUAUCGAUGAUGCAACGCAAAAAAUUACAGAAGUGUGCCCUUUAUAUGUCGAAAGUAUCGUGUGGUACGAUGAAUGUAUGUUACGGUAUGCAAACCGUUCCAUAUUCUCUUUGAGCGAGACAUCUCCAUCUGAUGACGCGUGGUAUACGGAUACUGUCUCAAACUACGAGGAAUUUGUCCCAGUGAUAGAGAAGACGACGAAGACCAUUAUUAGUCAAGCUGCUCGUACUAGUGCUCGGGGACAUUUUGCUAGCAUGUAUGCCAAUUAUACAUCGAUCCAUAGAGUGUACAACUUCGCUAUGUGCACCCCCGAUAUAAAUGAGCUCGACUGUAAGAAUUGCUUAUCGAUUGCUUCGAAAAAGUUAUCUACAUAUUAUAACGAAAGUAAGGGGGUGACGAGCUUCUUUCCGAGCUGCCAAUUAGGUUAUGAUACCGCGAUUAAUCAGAUGACGCAUGUACCACUGACUCCAGAUCAAGCUCAAGCUCCCGGUCAACCUCCAAAUCCGGCUCCAACGGUUACCUUUGAAGUGUACGAGUGUUCUUCAAAAUAUGGUAAUUACACCAACGGAAGUGCCUACCAACUUAAUCUCAAUCGCCUUUUUUCGAGUCUAUCCACCAAGACAUCUACUCGGAGGUUUUACAACACCACUAUCGGCGAUUUUCCAAGCAAAGUUUAUGCAAUCUAUCAAUGUCGAGAGGAUCUAGGCUUAGAUAUUUGUAGUGAGUGUAUCAAAGAUGCAACAAAAACAAUUACGCAAGUAUGUCCAUUUUAUAGUGAAGGUAUUGUAUGGUACGACGAAUGUAUGCUAAGGUAUGCAAACCGUUCCAUAUUCUCCUUGAGCGAGACAUAUCCAUCAAGGUCGGCAUGGUAUGAUGGUGUUGUCUCGAACUAUGACAAGUUUGGUCCAUUAGUGGAAAAAACAAUGAAUAACAUGGUAACUCAAGCUGCUAGUGUCACUUCUCGUGGACAUUUUGCUAACACAUAUGUCGAUUGGACAUCGAUCGAUAGGAUGUACUGCUUUGCUAUGUGCACUCGCGAUAUAGAUGAGUUUGAUUGUAAGAAUUGCUUGAGUACUGGUAUAACAGAAAUAUCUGGAUAUUAUAACAGAAGUAAGGGGGUGACAGUCUUCUAUCCAAGCUGCCAAUUGGGUUAUGAUACGAAACUCGAUCAAUUGAAACAUGUACCACUCGUACUAGCUCCAGCUCCUGCUCAAGCUCAUGCCCAAAAUCGAGGAAGGAAGAAAAAAUCGUCACAUAUUGUUGUAGCAAUUAGUGUUCCAUUAAUUCUAGCAGUCUUGCUUCUCUCAAGUGCCGGUUUUUGUGUAUACUGUCACAAACGCAAAACUCCUUCUCCAGAUGAAGAGAUUGUUGGUGUAGAGUCAUUGCAAUUUAACUUCAAGACAAUAAGAGAUGCAACUGAUAACUUUUCCGAGCAUAAUAAACUUGGCCAAGGUGGAUUUGGUAGAGUUUACAAGGGAAAGCUUCAAGAUGGACAAGAAAUCGCAGUGAAAAGGCUGUCAACAUGCUCAGGGCAAGGCAGUACAGAGUUCAAAACAGAGAUUCUUUUAGCCGCAAAACUACAACACAAUAAUUUAGUUAAACUCUUAGGGUUUUGUAUACAUGGAGAAGAAAAGUUGCUAGUAUAUGAAUUAUUGCCUAAUGCAAGUAUUGACAAAGUACUAUUCGGCCAAAAUGAGCAUCCAUCACUAGAUUGGGAAAUCCGCUUCAAGAUCUUACUUGGGACUGCUCGGGGACUCUUAUACCUUCAUGAAGAUUCGAGGUUGAAAAUUAUCCAUCGCGAUCUAAAACCCAGCAAUAUUCUCUUAGACGAAUAUAUGAACCCAAAGAUAUCAGACUUUGGAUUGGCAAGACUUGUUGGAAGGGAACAAAUGCAUGUUGAUACGAGUAAAGUUGCUGGAACAUAUGGAUAUAUGGCUCCGGAGUAUGCCUUGACGGGGCGUUUCUCAGUUAUGUCAGAUGUCUAUAGUUUUGGAGUAAUUACUUUGGAGGUAGUAAGUGGUCACAUGUGUAGUUCAACCGUCUUUCCUUAUCAUGAAGACAGUCUAUUAAUACGAGCUUGGAAUCUAUGGAAGGACAAUGCAAUUUUAGACUUGGUGGAUCCUAGACUUUAUACCAACUAUUCGACGGAUGAAAUGAAAAGAUGCAUUCACCUUGGUUUGCUUUGUAUUCAAGAAGAUGCAAACAAGAGGCCGACAAUGGCUACGAUUGUCUCAGCUCUCAACGGCCACAAAGUGGCUCUUUCUGAACCCGAACCACCCUUGAUUGGUCCAUCAACCAACGUUACAUUUGGGUUGAAUAAAAAAUUGAGUAUAUCAUCUUCUAACGAGUUUCAUUCAAAUAUUGAUGACAUAACAGAAGUUUAUCCUCGAUAGAGCAAGGUACACCACCAAAAAGAAGGCUAGAAUCAUAAUUAUGUAUUUAUAAUCAGGUUGUUACAUGAUAUUAAACAUCACACACACAUCAACUUAUAUAAAAUUCUCAUCUUGCUAGAA